AUGGUGAAUGGGUGCCCUGGGCCUUGGAUAACCUGCAAAAGAGGACUUCGUCAGGGCGAUCCUUUGUCGCCUUAUCUCUUCCUAUUAGUGGCUGAAACUUUACAGUGCAUGAUCAAGGCAAACACUAACAGUAUAACACACCCAAUUUGUGUUGGACAGCCCUGUGCAGUACUCCAAUACGCCGACGAUACUUUAAUCGUGCUAAAAGGUGACUUGCAGGACAUUAGAACUCUGAAGGUUCUGCUAGAUCAAUUUGCUAGCAUGAUAGGGCUGCAUAUUAACUAUGCCAAGAGUACGGUUGUGCCAAUCCAUAUGGCUGAAGAUACAGUGCAAGCUUGUGAACUGGGUUGCAGAAGAGAAGGUUUCCCUCAAACCUACUUGGGCCUCCCACUUUCAGUAAAUAAGUUGUCCACCUCAGCUCACACUCCGUAUAUUCAGAAAGCAGACAAGUAUCUUGCUUCCUGGCAGGCGAGCCUCCUUAACACAAUGGGUCGUGUGGUACUUGUUAAUUCAGUUCUAGACAGCCAACUCGUCUACUUCACGAGUUCUCUACCACUGCCUACAUCAGUGAUUCAGCAAAUGGACAAACGACGCCGCGCCUUCAUGUGGUCUGGGAAAACCGAUGGGAAAGCCUCUCCAUCAAAGUGUUUGGUGGCAUGGCCAAAUGUGUGCACUACAAAAGACCUAGGAGGGCAGGGCAUCAAGGAUGUGGGCACGCAAAACAUUUGCUUGCUGCUGAAAUUGGUUCAUAGAUUGCACUGCUCUGAAAAUUCAGCAUGGGCACAAUGGGUAAGACAGAGAGCAUGUACCGCAACACUGAAAGGAGACCUGCAGGGGGGACAUUGGGAUGUACUUCGAUCCAUCCUACCCCUUUACCAAGCCAUCACCACUGUUGACCUCGGCGACGGAAAGAGCACUUCCUUCUGGUUCGACGUUUGGUAUGGUGACGAUGCUCUAGGAGACACAUACCCAGCCCUCCUCAGUCACUGCAGGCAACAGGAUGUUUCGGUGCAGCAGGUUGUCGAGGAUGGACUCCAGGGUACCAUGGUCUCCAGACUUUCAACAAUGGCAGCGCAACAACUUCAGGAGAUGCAGAACGUGAUUGAUGCAGUAAACUUAACUGAAGAUAUGGACCGUCGGCUGUCUCCUUUCAGCUGCGGUGAAGGCAAAUUGGACACUGGAAGUAUAUACAAGCUUCUGAAAGCCCGUGGACAGGAAGCGGAUGAAAGCGUGGUCUUCAUCUGGAAGACCUCAGCUCCACCACGGGUCCAGUUGUUUAUGUGGUUACUGUCACAAAAACGUAUCCAGUGCCGCGUCAACUUGCACCGGAAGCACAUCGUCCCCAAUGCUACAUGUGAAGUACGCGGUGAAGCCGAUGAAAGCCCAGAACACAUCAUCAAUGGAUGCCAUGUUGCAAGGCAGUUUUGGACAAAGAUUAGAGUUAACAUGACUCUUGGUUUUGAUGUCAGUCAACUACACAAGUUAGAUUGCCCCAAUAGUGUGCCAAGACAGGAGUUUGGGACCUUCAUUGCCCUCUCAUGCUGGCAAUUGUGGAAACGGCGUGAUGCUUUCGUUUUCAGAUCAGAGCAGCCUUCAGUGCAGCAUCUAUUAGGCACCUGCAGAAGUGAAGCUGAACAAUGGCGUGUGAGGCUGCCGAGGAAGAAAAGGCCGAUAGUAGAUACUUGGUGCCGGUUGUUCCAUGAGACCAUGACGCAAUGGCAUCCUGAGUUGUAA